AUGUCCUCGUCCAGUGAAUCCAGUCCCGGCGACUGGAUCACAGGCAGCUACACUGGAAACAGUAAUGGCGUCCGCAUCACCAUCGCGACUUUUGUGGGCGUCGCGUGGUACAACGUGCUUGAGCUGAUCGUGCUCAUCUGCCUCACCUUCAAACGCUACCGUGGACCUUACUUCUGGAGCAUGCUGAUUGCCUCCAUCGGCAUUCUUCCUUACUCGGUCGGAUAUCUGAUGAAGUUCUUCAAUUUGACCUCGGCCACUUGGCUGCCGGUGACUUUGUUGACCAUUGGCUGGUGGUCGAUGGUGACCGGCCAAUCAUUUGUGCUGUACUCGCGGCUGCACCUGGUCCUCCAGGACAUGCGCGUGCUGCGCUUGGUGAAGGGGAUGAUCAUCAUGAAUAUCAUUAUUCUUCACAUCCCGACCACCGUCCUGACCUAUGCCGCCAACUUCUCCACCUCGCCCGAGACCGUCAUGGGUUACGACGUAAUGGAAAAGUUGCAGUUGACCGGCUUCUGUGUGCAAGAAGUCAUCAUCUCCAGCAUCUACAUGUGGGAGACUAAUCGCAUGCUGCAACUCAACCCGGACCAUAAUAGCCGCAAAACCAUCAUACAGCUCCUGGCUGUCAAUGUUGCCUGUAUUCUCAUGGACAUCGCUCUGAUGGUCAUUGAGUUCAUGAACUUCUACAUCUACCAGACCACCCUCAAGGCCACUCUUUACAGCAUCAAGCUGAAACUUGAGAUUGCCGUUUUGGGAAAAUUGGUCAAUAUCGCCCAUCAGCAUGUGUGGAGAUCGCCCACUUUCGAUAUCCCCCCCGGUGGUCAGUAUCCGUCAUUUGUGGAUGCUUCUAGGGUCUUGUCCGAUUUCAAUCACGCUCCAAUCAAUCCCGCUGGAUCUGCCCCAACGAGCCAGGGCUCCAAAGCGCGCGCUACGGGCUUCGAAGCUAUCGAGUGUGAUGUGCCAUGA